AUGGGCGGCCUCGUCGCCGCCCCUAGCGGCCCCGUUGCCACCUCCCUCCCUACGGGGCCCCGUUGCCGCCCCUACGCGGCCCCGUCGCCGCCCCUAGCGGCCCCGUCGUCGCCUCCCUCCCUACGCGGCCCCAUCGCCGCCCCUAAGCAGCCUUGUUGCCGCCCCUACGCGGCCCCGUCGCCGCCCCUAGCGGCCCCGUCGCCGCCCCUACGCGGCCCCGUCGCCGCCUCUAGCGGCCCCGUCGCCGCCUCCCUCCCUACGCGGCCCCGUCACCGCCCCUACGAGGCCUCGUUGCUGCCCCUAGCGGCCCCGUCGCCGCCCCUACGCGGCCCCAUCGCCGCCCCUAGCGGCCGUGUCGCCGCCUCCUCCCUACGCGGCCCCCGGCCCCGUCACCGCCCUUACCCGGCCCGUUCGCCGUCCCUAGCGAGCAGCCGCGCCGCCGAGCCGCCGAGCAGCCGAACCGCCAAGCCGCCCAGCAGCCGAGCCGCCCCUGGCGCAGCUGCCACUUUAGCAGCCGCCCCUAGAGCAGCCGCCACUGCAGCACCCGCCCCUGGAGCAGCCGCCACUGCAGCAGCCGCUCCUGGAGCGGCCACCACUGCAGCAGCCGCCCUUGGAGCAGCUGCCACUGCAACAGCAGCCCCUGGAGUAGCCGCCCCUGCAGCAGCCGCCCCUAGAGCAGCCGCCACUACAGCAGCCGCCCCUGGAGCAGCCACCCUUGCACGAGCCGCCCCUGGAGCAGCCACCCCUGCAGCAGCCGCACCUAGAGCAGCCGCCCCUGGAGCAGCCGCACCUACAACUGCCGCCGUCGUACGCCUGCCCUUCUCGCCACUGAGUAGAGGGUCGCUGAGUACUGCUCGCUGUCCAUACGUCAUUCGCGCUGGUGCUCGGACUGGUCAGCCUUCUAAGACGCGUGGUCACGCAAAGUCCCGCUGCUUUGCCCGUCUGAGCGACGCCUGGCGUACGGAGUUUGGCGACGCGGCUGAGAUCCCCGACUGGGUGGAGCUGCUUCGGCUCAGGGUAGAUAUCUAUACUCUUGACUAUGAUGCUAUCCUCACUGCCAUGUAUGCAUUGCCUACUAGGGAUGAGGGUGACUGUUACGUGUGUGUUCCGCCCGACCCGGGCAUUGAGGCUGCUGCUCUAGGUGCUGGUAAGGCUGCUGCUCUAGGUACUAGUGCGUCUGCUGCCCCAGGUGCUGGUGAGGCUGCUGCUCUAGGUGCUAGUGCGUCUGCUGCCCCAGGUGCUGGUGAGUCUGCUCUCAGGUACCACGUCGGCUCAGGCCUUCAACACCUUCACCCUUGA